AUGUCGGCAGGAGCGAUGAAUACACCAAAGAUAUUGUUGCUUUCUGGAAUAGGACCACGGCAUCACCUAGACGAAAUGAGUAUACCCGUAGUGGCCGAUCUUCCAGUUGGAAACAAUUUGCAAGAUCAUGAGGCUAUUUUGUUGUUCUCUAGAAUCAACAAACCAGUAAGUAUAACACCAAACGUGAAGAGUAGCCUUUGGACUACCAUACAGCACAAAAUAUUUGGAUCAGGACCACUUUCUAUCGCUGGAACUGACGGCUCAGCUUUUGUUUAUAUUGAUGACAAAAAACGUGGUAAAACUUAUCCAGAUUUUCAGAUGGCUUUCGUUAGUUUAUUGAUUUCAUUAGAUCAUCUUAACUUCAAAAAUGAAAUUAAAAAAGAAUACGAAGAUGGGAACGAAAACGUCGAUGGCUUUACGCUUGCUCUUAUAAAUACACAUCUAAAAAGCCGCGGUACACUAAGACUGCUAUCCAAAGACCCGUUUGAUUAUUCUGUUUUAAAUCCCCGUUAUUUUCAGGAACAACAGGAUGUUGACGACUUUGUUGCUGCUAUUAGAAUAUGGGAAAAAUAUAUUGAAACACCGACAAUGAAAGCACUUGGGACUGAAGUAUCUCAUAUGAAGAAAUCAUUUUGCUUACAACAUAAGUUGCGUUCUGAUGCAUACUGGGAAUGUAUGUUGCGCCAUCUAGCCAUAACUGGGUAUCAUCUAUCGUGUACUUGCAAAAUGGGCGCUCAUGAUGAUUCGACCGCAGUUUUAGAUCCAACAUUGCGUGUGAAGGGAAUAAAAGGUUUACGCGUUGUUGAUGCAUCGGCAUUUCCUAAAGUAACUGUUGGAAAUACGAAUACUCCGGCUGUAAUGCUGGCUGAAAAAGCGGCAGAUAUGAUUCGCGGAAUAGAUUCGGAAUUUACCUGA